UUUUCUUCCUUCUCCCUUCCCCUGUCACCCUGCCAGCUCUGCGCCUAUCGCUUCGCGUAUCGUCUCUUCAUCUCUCUUUCUCCCCGGGUCUGUCUGGGUCUCUGUCUCUGGGUAUUUCUCUCUGCACCUCCAUCUGUCUGGGUCUCCGCUUCCUUGCCCCGCACGCACCGCCCCCUGCCCAAGCCCCUCCAAUCCCGGCGGCUCGAGCCUAGCGCUCCACUCUCCCAUUGGUCCGUCCGGAGCCCCCCGCCCCCGCCUGCCCGGCCCCCCUCCGGGCCCCUCCAUUCACACAAAGUUUGGCUCCGGCGCUGCGGAGGGAGGGGGCGGCCCGGCCCGGCCCAGCUCUGCCCCCGGCCGGCCCGACCCCGGCCCCGGCCCCCGGACAAGCCCUUAUCUGAUCCCAGCUCGGGGUUUAAGAGUCCUGACCCUGCCCGUCGCACAGCUCUGCUCCUUACUCCUGCCCGCCCAGUCCGUCCAUCUGUCCCGCUGCCCCGCGGCCCCUCCACCUCGGACCCAAGAUGACCUCUGUUGCCAAGGUGUAUUACAGUCAAACCACUCAGACAGAAAGCCGGCCCCUAAUGGGCCCAGGGAUACGACGGCGGAGAGUCCUGACAAAAGAUGGUCGCAGCAACGUGAGAAUGGAACACAUUGCUGACAAGCGCUUCCUCUACCUCAAGGACCUGUGGACAACCUUCAUUGACAUGCAGUGGCGCUACAAACUUCUGCUCUUCUCUGCGACCUUUGCAGGCACAUGGUUCCUCUUUGGUGUGGUGUGGUAUCUGGUUGCUGUGGCACAUGGGGACCUGCUAGAGCUGGAUCCUCCCGCCAACCACACCCCCUGUGUGGUCCAGGUGCACACACUCACUGGAGCCUUCCUCUUCUCCCUGGAAUCCCAAACCACCAUUGGCUAUGGCUUCCGCUACAUCAGUGAGGAAUGUCCACUGGCCAUUGUGCUUCUUAUUGCCCAGCUGGUGCUCACCACCAUCCUGGAAAUCUUCAUCACAGGUACCUUCCUGGCGAAGAUUGCCCGGCCUAAGAAGCGGGCUGAGACCAUUCGUUUCAGCCAGCAUGCAGUUGUAGCCUCUCACAAUGGGAAGCCCUGCCUCAUGAUCCGAGUUGCCAACAUGCGCAAGAGCCUCCUCAUUGGCUGCCAGGUGACAGGCAAACUUCUUCAGACCCACCAAACCAAGGAGGGUGAGAACAUCCGGCUCAACCAGGUCAAUGUGACUUUCCAAGUAGACACAGCCUCUGACAGCCCCUUCCUCAUUCUACCCCUUACCUUCUAUCAUGUGGUAGACGAGACCAGUCCCUUGAAAGAUCUUCCUCUUCGCAGUGGUGAGGGUGACUUCGAGCUGGUGCUGAUCCUAAGCGGGACAGUGGAGUCCACCAGUGCCACCUGCCAGGUGCGCACUUCCUACCUGCCAGAGGAGAUCCUUUGGGGCUACGAGUUCACACCUGCCAUCUCACUGUCAGCCAGUGGUAAAUACAUAGCUGACUUCAGCCUUUUUGACCAAGUUGUGAAAGUGGCCUCUCCUAGUGGCCUCCGUGACAGCACUGUACGCUAUGGAGACCCUGAAAAGCUCAAGUUGGAGGAGUCAUUAAGGGAGCAGGCUGAGAAGGAGGGCAGUGCCCUUAGUGUGCGCAUCAGCAAUGUCUGAUGACCUGCUCCCACUUCCCCAUUCCUCUGGUCUCUUUUCCUCUCUUUCAAUGCCCCGGUAAGGAAUACUGCCUGGGUUUACUGGAGAUCCCCGGAAGCACCCAUCCUCCACUCCCUCUUCUUUAACCCAGCGGCCUGUCAUUAGCUUAGGCCAACUGGAGUCCAGGUUCCCCUCCCGAUGUCCCCUUUCUCCCCUCCCUGCUUCUGCCCCAAUACACAUACCUCCUUAAGCCAGGAUGGGGGAAAGAGAGGGAUUAGGCUGCAGUGGCUUAGAAGGCCUCAGCCAUGCUUGGAGAUUCACAUUAGGAAGACCAUGUGGUUGGAAGGAUAGACUCCCCCACCUCCUGCCACCACCAAGAAGUUUGGUGACUUGAGGCUGGAGCUCCCUCUGUCUCUACCUUUCCAUCUAGCAAGUUCCCAAAGGCAAGACUCUCUCUGAUGGUCACAUUGCUGUCUGUGCUUUCAGAAAUACAGGAAUCUGAUCUCACUGUAUUCUAGGGUUUUUACCAACCUCUUUUGAAAGAAGCCAGGUUUUGUCACUGUGAAGCUGAUUUCUGCUGGUAACUUCUGACCAUCACCUAGAACCAUGGUCACCACUGUUUUCCUUUGCUAGUUUCUCAAGUGAACACUCUCAGGAUACCCAGUUCCCUCAUAGCCUCUGUUCUCAGAGGAUUGGAGUUGGCCCAAGAAACAUAACCCUACAACCAUCCAUAUCUAUCCUGGAUUCUGAACUCUUCAAUUUGGAGUGACUAACACAAGUUGUUGUCUAAAACUUUAAACCUAUCUUCCAGGCAGCCCCGGGAAGAUGUGUUUCUCCAUGUCCUGUGAAUGGAAGGACACAGGCCAAUAUGUUCCUUUGAAAAGAAAGAGUUCAGUGCCCAAGCCCCAUGGAAAGGUCUGAAAAUAAUAAUCCAGAUUACAUAGUACCUGGCUUCUUUUCUUCCUUUCCUGCCCAGCCUAGAUCCUUCUUCCUUAACUCCAACCCUUUGGGAGAAGGCAGGGGAAAUGCAAGGGCCUUCCUCUCUUAACACGGAUGCUCAAGUAGAACUAGAUUCACCGGGCACAGAUUCCCUGGAAAGUUAACCCAGCUCCACCAUGAGGGAUAGGCAAGUUCUCAGAUUUCCAGACUGCUGUAGAGAGCCUCUGGGAAUUGGUGACGCUUUGUUAAGAAGCAGAACUCUGUGGCUGGCAGCCACUAUUCUCAGUUACACCUCCCAGUGCCUUCUGAAAGUGCCAGUUAUUUCAUUAGGCAAUGCUGAGAGGAGAGGAAAUUAUACCAUCUGAUCAAAUAAACAUGGCUUCCCUCAGCCAUUCCUGAGACCUGGUAUAAAAUGAUGAAAAUCAAUGUCAUCUCUACUCUCCUCUGCCAUAAGGCCAUUUUUAGGAAGUUAAAAAGCAUGCUUUAAGAGAUCAGACUCAGCCUAUUCCUUGUUCCCUGGUGGGGUCUGUGGUAACAGUCAGGAAAGGACAUUUAGGUACCAGAGCUUUAUCCAAAGCCCCAAAUCCCUAGACUGCUUUCUGGCCUCACUUUGGUACCAAGGAAGCCCCAGACAGUGGUACUGCAUAGUCCCACUAUGAAUCAAAUGAUCUCAGCCAAUUGUUAUAAGCUACAUGCUCACACAGAAUAUAUACAUGCAUCUACGUACAGAGCCUUGCAGAGAAGCACAACAUUUUGAGGCUAGACCCAUGAUUACCACCUACUAUAAUUGCACAAGGUCUUGUUAUAUUGAUCUCUCCUCGAACUCAACUAACUGUAUGAAGACCCUUCAUUGUUCAUCUACUGUAAACCCCACCAUUACCUUCUAGCUGGCAUAAAAACAAGAACCACAGAAACUUGAAAAAUCUGAAACAGAAAACAGAAGGCAAAGA